AUGAAAUUAUAGUAGAGGUAAAAGUCACAAAUAAUUCUACCUUCAAUAGGUGAUUUAGAGAAGAUGGAAUUUGAUGAAGAAAAUGAAGAAAUAUAAAACCUAGCUAUACAAAUGAAUACAUUAGAAAAAAAUUGUUUUAUUCAAAAUGUUUUUUUAAAAUAUAAUAACGAAUUUAAUUAACAAAAAGAUAUAUUGUCAUUUGAAUCAACCAAUACAAAAAAUGCUAAUUCAAAUGAUCAAUAAAAAAAAUUUAACUUUAAAAUGAAUACUUCAUGGUUUUCUCGUUUAUUCUUGGUAGAUUUACUUAAAUUAUUACUUUAUUCAAGAAAAGUUAUUCAAAGAUGGAAGUAGAUAAGAGUCGAGGAUUUGCCUAACCUAGAUCCUUAAGAACAAACUUGCAAUUUAAAUUAAAAAUUUGAAAAAAAUCUUUAAAAAGAAUAUGAAUAAGCAAAAACACACGGAAAAGAGUUGGGUGCUUGGAGUAUGUUGAUAACAAUCCUAAAGACUUUUAAAGGUCAAUUAAUUUAAGAGUAUCUUUUGCUAAUAUUUAUGAAUGCACUUAAGCUUUUUUCUUCGAUAGCAAUAAAAAAUCUGAUUGACAAUAUUUCUGAUAAUAUUUAGCAAUAAGAUAUAUUGCUCUGGGCAGGAAUUAUUGCUGCCAGUAACAUAGCAUAUGUCUUAUUGAUGCAUCAUGCAAAUAAAAUAAACUAUUGCUUAUUUUCUAAAAUCAGGGCAAUGUUUGUUAAGUCUCUUUACAUAAAAGUUUCAAGCCUUUCAGCCAAUACCAUUAAAGAUGCUAAUAUUGGUAAACUAAUUAAUUUAAUUUCUGGGGAUCUAUCUAGUAUAGAAUAUAUGAGCUACGUGAUUAUGUGUUUCACUAUAAUACCCUUUUGUCUGAUUUUUGUAGCACUUAUUUUAUACUAAAGAUUUCAUUGGUACGGAAUUUUGGGAUUAAUACUCAUGAUUUGCUUUAUACCUUUAUAAAUUCUUGUUGCGAAUAUCUCAUCAAAACUUUUUGCAUAGAAAUCGAGUCUAGUCGAUCAAAGAGUCAAUUAAACUUCUGAAGUUAUAGAAGGCAUUCGCUUUAUUAAAAUGUAUGGUUGGGAGUGUGCAUUUAUUAAAUCAAUUAAAUCAGUAAGGCAGCUCGAACUUAAAAAAAUUCUCUUUAAAUUUACACUUUUUUUUAUUGAGCACUCCCUUUCAUUAUCAACUGGCAUUUUAGGAUGCUACUUUAUAUUUAUCCUAACACAAAUGUAUGGAGAAUAGAGCAUGUUAUCGAUUGGCAAUAUGUUCGCAACACUUGAUCUCCUUUAGUAUACUCGAAUCUCGAUUAUUACUUAUGCUGGCUAUGGACUCUCUGGAAUAUUUGAGUUAAAAGUUAUUUUAUAAAGAAUGGCAAGUAUCUUUAAAAUUUAAUCUUCAUAAAUGGUAUGCAUAAAAGGAUAAGAUAGUAAUGAGGAUUUACAAAAUCUUUAAUAAGGAGAAAUAAAAAUGAAAAAUUUUUGUGCUUUUUGGUCUGAUGAAAAACCUGUCCUGCAAAAUAUUAACUUAGAAAUCAAUCAAGGAGAAUGUAUUUCUAUAGUUGGUAAAAUAGGAUCUGGAAAAUCAACUCUACUUAACUGCAUUCUUAGAGAAAUUCCAAAAUAUUCUGGUUCGUAUGCUAUUAAGGGAAAGGUAGCUUAUGUUGAGCAGGAGCCAUAUAUUUUUAGUAGUACAAUUAGAGAUAAUAUUCUUUUUGGCAAAUAAUUUGAUGAAUCUUUUUAUAAUGAAGUUAUUACUGUAUGUAGCUUGGUAGAUGAUUUUCAAAAUUUUCCAAAUGGAGACUAAACUGAAAUAGGUGAAAAAGGAGCAAAUUUAAGUGGAGGAUAAAGAGCCCGUAUUUCUUUAGCAAGAGCAUUAUAUUCAUAAUCUGACAUUUACCUUUUGGAUGACCCUCUUUCUGCUGUCGAUGCAAAAGUCUCUAAUUAUAUUUUCAAUGAAGCUAUCAAGAAAUUUUUAUCGAGAUAAACUGUUAUCCUUGUUACACAUUAAAUUCAUUUUACAAAGCAUACAGACAGAAUUUACAUUUUAUAAGAAGGAUAGAUUGUAGAUCAUGGCACUUAUAAAUAUUUAGAAGCAAGCUUGUAAGAGCUAUCAAGUAAAACCUAAUUAUUUGAUGAGUCUAGUACUAAUUCAACAGAUUCAAAUAAUAGUUAACGAGAUAAAUGUUUAGAUUUUGAUAACAGUAUAGAUUUAAAAUUAGAGAGAAAUUCGUCACCAUCUUCAAAAGAUAAAUCAGAUGAAAAAAUUAAUAAUAACAAUAUUGAAUGCACAUAAUAAAAAAUUUUUAGUUAAAAUUUGUAAAAUUUUACUUAAGUAGAACUAACUUAGCUAAAAAGCUAAAAUUAAACUGAGUAAAAUUUAGACAAAAAUUAAACCAGCAGUUUACAUUAGAAAAAAAAUAUAGCACUUUACACCAAAGAGUCUAGUGAAAAUAUCAAAGUUUCAUUCCAUACUUAUUUGGAAUACAUUAAAUAAUCUAAAUCUUUAGUCUAUAUUCCAUUAGUUAUCCUAUUCUUUUUCACCUCCGAAGGAUUGAGUAUCCUUUAUACAAAUAUUAUAGGACUGUAUGGUCAAGAUAAAUUCGAUAACACUAAAUUAAUAAAUUUAUUAGGAUAUAUUACUUUGGCUUAUGCAUUCAAUAUUUUUAUAAAAUAUUUUUCAUUCAUGAAAAUCUAAAAUAAUUGCAGUAAAACCUUACAUGAUAAAAUGAUUGAAUCUUUGGUAAGAUCUAAAGUAGAGUACUUUGACACAACUUAAAGUGGAAGAAUUAUCAACAGAUUUUCUACAGAUUUAGUAAUAGUAGAUUAAAGUUUACCUUUAACAUCUAUAGAUGCUCUUGAGGUUAUAAUAAAUCAUAUAUCUCUUUUAGUUAUGAUUAUAAUCAUUAACCCUUAUUUUCUUAUAGUUGCAAUCAUACAGUUUAUAUUUUUAUAUUAUUUUGCUAAAAUUUCUCAACCUUGUUUGAUAUAAUCUAAAUAAACUGAUUUGAGAAAUCGCUCUCCUGUAUUCAAUUACUUUACUUAAACUGUCUAAGGAAUUUUACCUAUUAGAGUUUAUAAUUAAACAAAAAUUUUUUAAGAGAAAUUUGACUUUUUAUCUGACAAUUCAUUGCGUUCUUCUUAUAUUUAUUGGUUAAACUCAAGAGCGUUUGGAUCUUAUGUACACAUUUUAUCUACAUUGGCUGGUUAAAUAGGAAUUUUUAUGCUGAUUGCUAUAAAUAAAAGAGGUUCAGAUAUAGGAGAAUCAAUAGUUUAUUUCUUAGCAAUGAGUGAUUGUAUUCAAUGGGGAUUAAGAUAAAUUAUAUAAACUGAUGUCACUAUGUCAAGUACUUAAAGAAUAUUAAACAUGUGUAAACUCGAAUAAGAGCCAGAACUUAUAACUCAAUAUGACAGAAAUAAUUUGUAUGAAAAAAAAUAAUCAACUAAAGAUUUAGAAGAUCCUUUAAAAAAAUUAAAUUUCCCUUCUAAUGGAAAAUUAGAGUUUACUAAUGUAACUAUGAAGUAUAGAGAAGGACUAAAACCAGUCUUAAAUAAAUUAUCAUUUAAUAUUGAGCCUGGAAUGAAAGUAGGAUGUAUAGGAAGAACAGGUGCUGGGAAAUCAUCCAUAAUUUAAGCUUUAUUUAGAAUGACAGAAAUAUAAGAUGCUGAAAAUAAAGGAGAUAAAACAGACAUAAAAAUUGACAACCACUCAAUAAAAAAUAUUGGGUUGCACACACUUCGUGGAGGGAUGAGUAUCAUUCCUUAAACUCCAUUUAUUUUUAGUGGAAGUAUCAAAUAGAAUUUGGAUCCUUUAAAAUAAUAUUCAGACGAAUAAAUAGAUAACUGCAUAGAAGAAAUAGGGUUAAAAAAAACAAUAUAAAAUCUUCCUGAUGGCGUAAAUACAUUUAUAACAAGUAGUAGUGAAACUUUUAGUGCAGGACAAAAACAAUUAAUUUGUUUGGGAAGAGCUCUUUUGAAGUAGAGUAAAAUAUUAGUGUUAGAUGAAGCUACUGCUAAUUUAGAUUUGCAAACUGAUGAAUUUAUUUAAAGCAAAAUUAAAGAAAAAUUUAAAAAUGCCACUGUUUUAACAGUUGCUCAUAGGCUUAAUACUAUUGCAGAUUAUGAUAAGGUUUUAGUAUUAGAUAUGGGAAGUGUAGUGGAAUAAGGAGAACCUUAUUCUCUUAUUUAGCAAGAUAAUAGUAUCUUUAAGAAUAUGGUAAUACAUACAGGUAAAUAAAACUCAAAAUGCAUAUUUGAAGCUGCUAGAAGUGCUUAAAAGCUUAGAAAAUUAAAAACUUUAUGUGAAGAAAAUAAUAAUUAAUGA